UUUUAUUUUGGAUCCUGCUAAAAUUAGCCGGGACUGCUCUGGGUGUUGCGUGUUAAUUUGAUUUACUCCGGGAUUCCGGCUUUCCAAGACGCCAUUUUCCCCCCUUUCUCGCUCUAUCUCGCUCUAUUUAUCCCUCUCCUAUCUGUCUUUCAUCUCUCGAGCUAUCUCUCCGUCUGUCUGUCCGUCCAUCUCGCUCUCCCCGGUGCCUUCCUCCUCCCCCCGCCCUCCUCCCUCUGCGCUCUGCGUGCGCUGCGCGGCCGGGCGCUCCCCUCAUCCCCAUCUGACAGAUGAACACCGCCAUGGGUUUGCCGCAACACAAGCAAAAGCACCUUUGGGGGCUGUGGCGAGGGAUUGAAACCGGGAUCUAAAAGAGAAGAGACAAGAAGGGGGGAAAUCCGAAGAGGAGGAGGAGGAGGAGGAGGAAGGAAGAAAGAAGAAGAAGAAGAGGAAGCUACUAAGAAGCCCCCGCUGCCGUUUUGGGGAUAUGGUGGCACAUUUGGUCUCUUCUGAGCAUCUUGCAGCCUCUGGGUGACCAGGACAUUGAAUUUGGUGGACAGUUGCCAUUCACUCCCUGGGAUCAUAUCUGCCCUUGCUUCCCUCAUUCCCUCCCGUACUCCCCUUCCCUCCGACCAAACUCCAGGGAGUUGUGGUAUUGCCAUGGAGCCCAGAGAGACUUUGAGCAGCUCCCGGCAAAGGGGAGGUGAAGCAGACUUUCUGCCAGCUGCUGUCACCUCUACGAAGCCUUUGCCUGUCUCGGGCUGUGCAGGGGAGACGAUGCUGUCUUCGUCAGGCGCGGGGAAAGGGAUCCCGGUGGGCAACGAGAGGCUGGAGCCCGAGGAAGAGGACGAGCUGGGUUCUGGAAGAGACGUGGAUUCUACUUCCAAUGCAGACAGCGAGAAAUGGGUGGCGGGAGAUGGCCUGGAGGAGCAGGAGUUUUCCAUCAAGGAGGCUAACUUCACGGAGGGGAGUUUAAAACUAAAGAUCCAGACCACCAAGAGAGCAAAGAAGCCCCCAAAGAACUUGGAGAACUAUAUUUGCCCUCCCGAGAUCAAAAUCACCAUCAAGCAGUCUGGGGAGCAGAAGCUUUCCAGAUCUGGGAAAAACAGCAAAACAGCUAAAGAGGAGGACAGAUCACACUCCAAAAAGAAGGGAAAAGUCAUUGGAGAUGCAAAACUGCUUAUGAGUUGUGGUUGCAGAAAAGGGAAAAAUUCUCAAGUGAAAGACUCAGAUCAGAGUCAGAUGAAGAAUUUGGGAAGAGAGUGUGGGUUCCCUGUGCAGAGUCCAGUGACGAAAUCAGUGAACAAGGUUUAUGACAGGCCACAGAAACAUUCUACUCUGCACUAUGAUCCGGGCCUCCAACAAGACUUCACCAGUGACACCUUAAAAUCAAAGCACCAGCAGAAAAGUAGCAACCAGCACCACAUUGACUGGUCAGCGAGCUCCGACACCGGACCCGCUUCUCAGAGUUGCUUCAUCAACACAGAGCCCAGUAGAGAAGCAAUUAGUGCCACCAAGGUCUCUGCUCUGGAGCCAGGAGUUUCCUACAGCAAAUCCCAGGCCAAGAAGUCCAGCAGCAGCAGCAGCAGCAGCAGCAGCAGCAGCAGCAGCAGCAGCAGCAGCACGUGGGGGCAGCUGUCGGUCAGUAGUAAGGAGCUGGCGAUUUGCAGCGCGGUCCCGUCGCCCAGCGGCAUCAGCGCGGCCGCCCAGCCCAGCAGUGCCUCCGAGUGCAAUGGGCUUCUGCCUCUUGGAGAUCAAGAGGGAGGUGUGCAGCUGGAGGCCCCCGAUCAGCCCGCUGCAAGUACGAAGAAGAAGUCCAGCAAAAAGGACUUGAUGAGCCAAACCAUCCAAACCACGGAUAUCGAGUGGGUAAAGAGCGCUCAGAAAGCGUUUGACAGCAAAUCCCAUGACAGCAUGGAAGGGAAAAAGGAGUCUUACUCGAUGGACAGCAUGUUGGAUACAUCACCCUCGAAGCAGAAUCCCAUUUCUGCCAGCACUUGUGAAAAUGACACCAAUCACGUACGAAUUACUAUCCCAAUAAAGUCUCCGACAACAGAUGCAUCUGGCCACAAAAGGAAAAAGAGGCAAUCCAUGAAAUCCUCCAUAGAGAAAACUAUCCAGGAGAAAAGCCUGCCCUCCGUGCUUUCUUUGAGCAGUGAAAUGGCAAACAGGACCAUCAGCUCUCAAUCAGAGGGGAGUAAAAAAGAUGUUCGAGCCACAAAGCCAGGGAAAGUGAUUGAAAAUGAGUCCCCCUUAGCAGCUAUUGACAGUGGUGUGUUCACGGACAAAGCAUCCCCCAACAGUGCAGCCCGACCAAGAAAACCUCUACCUGUGACAUCCACUCUCCUACCCACCAGUCUUUCCACAGCUGGCAAAUUACCUGACGUCCAGCACCCCAAACAUGCAGCUAAGCGUCGGUGGACCUGCAGCAAACCUAAAUCUAUUAUUCGGGAGACCUCCCUGACGACAUCUGAGAAGCUGAUGGUGGAGCCUCCUUCAGCCUACCCCAUCACACCAUCCAGCCCUCUGUACACCAACACAGACAGUCUUACUGUGAUCACACCUGUCAAGAAAAAAAGGGGACGACCAAAGAAACAGCCUUUGCUCACUGUUGAAACCAUUCAUGAGGGGACCUCCACCAGCCCAGUGAGUCCAAUCAGUCGUGAAUUUCCAGGAACAAAGAAAAGGAAGAGAAGAAGGAAUCUGGCCAAGUUUGCCCAGAUGGUUCCAGGAGAGGACAAGUCCAUCAGUGAACUCAAAUUUCACAAAAAAGUGGGGAAACUUGGGGUCUUGGAUAAGAAGACCAUCAAGACCAUUAAUAAAAUGAAAACCCUCAAGAGGAAGAACAUUCUCAAUCAGAUCUUGUCCUCCUGCUCCAGCAACAUAGCUCUGAAAGCAAAAGUCCAGCCACCUUCUAGUGCUGGGCCAACCACCAUUGAUGCCAGGCUAGGGAAGCAGAUCAAUGUCAGCAAGAGGGGGACUAUCUACAUUGGUAAAAAACGGGGCAGAAAGCCAAGGGCAGAGCUGCAGCCUCAGCCAGAAGAACCUAAGACAGCCAUCAAGCACUCAAGGCCUGUUUCCAGCCAGCCAGAAAACCCAGCAGUGCCUUCCAACCUGCAGUCACUUGUGGCAUCGUCACCAGCAGCUAUUCAUCCGCUUUCAACACAAUUAGUGGGGAUCAACGGCAACCUCAGCCCUGCAAGCACUGAAACUAAUUUUUCAGAGUUAAAAACUAUGCCAAAUCUUCAACCUAUCAGUGCUCUUCCUACAAAAACCCAGAAAGGAAUGCACAGUGGAACUUGGAAGCUGUCUCCACCCAGGCUAAUGGCUAAUUCACCUUCUCACCUCUGUGAAAUAGGUUCUCUGAAAGAAGUCACGCUGUCGCCAGUGAGUGAGUCUCACAGCGAGGAAACCAUACCAAGUGACAGUGGGAUAGGUACAGACAACAACAGCACCUCUGACCAAGCCGAGAAAAGCUCAGAAUCCCGCCGGAGAUACUCCUUUGAUUUCUGCACCCUGGACAAUCCAGAGGCUAUCCCAUCUGACACCAGCACAAAGAACAGGCAUGGUCACCGGCAGAAGCAUCUCAUUGUGGAUAACUUUCUCUCUCACGAAAGUAUUAAAAAGCCAAAGCACAAGAGGAAAAGGAAAAGCCUGCAGAACAGAGAUGACCUCCAGUUUCUGGCAGACCUUGAGGAACUCAUCAAUAAGUUUCAAGUGUUCAGGAUUUCCCAUAGAAGUUAUACAUUUUAUCAUGAAAACCCAUAUCCCAGCAUCUUCAGGAUUAAUUUUGAUCACUACUACCCUGUGCCAUAUAUCCAGUAUGACCCAUUGCUCUAUCUUCGCAGGACCUCUGAUAUGAAGUCUAAGAAGAAGCGUGGUAGACCUGCCAAAACCAAUGACACCAUGACAAAGGUGCCUUUUUUACAAGGGUUCGGUUACCCUAUUCCCAGUGGGAGUUACUAUGCACCCUAUGGAAUGCCUUACACAUCAAUGCCUAUGAUGAAUCUUGGUUACUACGGUCAGUACCCAGCUCCUUUGUACCUGUCUCACACGCUUGGAGCGGCUUCCCCAUUUAUGAGACCUACCGUGCCCCCACCCCAGUUCCAUGCAAGCUCUCAUAUGAAGAUGUCCACCACUGCCAAACACAAAGCAAAACACGGAGUGCACCUACAAACCCCUGUGGGAAUGGGCCUUGGAGACAUGCAGUCCUCUUUGGCUCCUCCGAAGGUUGGAGGAACAAGCCUUUCAAGUGGCCGACUUCACAAAAGGAAACACAAACAUAAGCACAAGCAUAAGGACGAGCGGAUAUUGGGGACUCACGAAGAUCUGAGUGGUCUCUUUGCUAGCAAGUCCACUGGCUUCUCCAGCCACGCCAUCAACGAGAGGCUGAGUGGCUCAGACAAAGACCUGUCCUUGCUCAACGAGAAGAGCAAGCAUAAGGAGAAGCAGAAGCACCAGCAUUGUGAAACCGGGCACAAAGGCUCAAAGAGUAACUUUGAAGUGGAUACGCUGUCUACGCUAUCACUUUCUGAUGCCCAGCAGUGGUCACAGAGUAAAGAUAAAAGUGACUCAAGCAGUGAUCCCAUUGACUCUUGCACAAAGAGAUACUCUGGUAAUACUGAGAGUAAUGGAAGGUCAGAGUCCCUGGACAUGUUUGGUGAAAUGAAUUCCUCAAGUGAGAAGCGGGACAAUGAUGCAAGUGGGAAUAAAAGAAGAAGCUUUGAAGGCUUUGGAACUUACAGGGAAAAGGACAUUCAGCCCUUCAAGACAAAUAGGAAGGACAGAAGUACUUUUGAUUCUUCAGCCUCUUCAGGAAUUGCAGGUCCCCACUUAAAAGCAGACCAGACUUCACUUCAUGGUAAAAUGGAAAGUUCUGCCUGUAAUGUGAUGACCAGAAGGAAACCAGCAGCUGUUGACAGUGUUGCAAUGCCAAGUCCAGUAUUAUCUCUCCUACCUUCAUCAUCAGCAACAUCUGAAGCAGCCAGCUCACCACUGAAGAAAAGGUUCAAGCGCCGUGAAAUUGAAGCAAUCCAGUGCGAGGUGCGCAAGAUGUGCAACUACACCAAGAUCCUGUCCACCAAGAAGAACCUGGAUCAUGUGAACAAGAUCCUGAAAGCCAAGCGGCUGCAGAGACAAUCAAAGACAGGCAAUAACUUCGUGAAGAAGAGGAGGGGGCGUCCAAGGAAGCAACCCCUUUCCUUUGACGAAGACUCCAGAGACCAAAUGCCCGUUCUGGAAAAAUGCGUUGACCUUCCGAGCAAAAGAGGUCAGAGACCAACACUCAACCCUUUAGUACUGGAGCAAGCGGCCACCCAAGAUACAAUCAUGGCCACCAUCGAGGCUGUCAUACACAUGGCUAGAGAGACGCCACCGCUGCCGCCUCCUCUGCCUCCUCCACCCCCUCCACUGCCUCUCCCUCUACCCCGGGCACCCCGGGUUGGAAAAAGGAAAAACAAGUCCCCGCAGGAGGAAGAGGAGGACGUGAAAGUGAAGCGGCACCGGAAAGGCAGAGGGAGCGAAAGCGAAGGCCUUCCCUAAGGCCAGUGCACCUCGUCAGAUGUUGGGUGCUCACCGUGGAGCACGCCAGGACUGGGGGACAGGAGGUGCACAGUCCGCCUCACCCCUUUGGCAGCACCAGACUGACCUGUCCCUUCAGCAGCCAGAACUCAUUGCAGAGAGCUCUGCCAGCUGGGGCUCGCAUCUUUCCUCUUCAUCGCUUUGACCCAAGCUGCCCCCCCGAGAAAAGAGGGGGGGAAAGGCGCGGGAAAAGUGGGGGAUACAGGGGAGGAGGAUGUGUGUCAAAGUUGGAAAAAGCACGAACUCUGCCGAGUAUCCAAAACUAAUCUGAAUCUCAGCAUUGCUGUUCUCAUACCGUACCCAGAGGCGGGAAGUCAUCCUCGCAGAGAGCUGAACGUUGUCACUAAGGGUGCAUGCUCGACUCUGAUUCUGUUUGGUGGGCCAGGUGAAACUAAGAGUAACUUUACCGUAAUAGAAAUCACUGUAAAAAAGAAAAAGGAAAAAAAAAAAAAAGAAACAAACAAACAAAAAGAAACAAAGAAAGAAACAAAGAAAGAAACAAAGAAGAAAAACACCCAACAAAAAAUAAUGUAAUUUUCUCAACUGUGAUAUUGGUAUAACCUAUUUGAUUUUUUUUUUUUUCCAGUUUUAUAUACCUACCAGGCUUUGGGACAGCAUAAGCCAAAACGCCUGGCUCCUGCUAGAACUAUAUAUUUCUUUAUCAUUUACUUGCCUAGUUACAACUAGCUGCAAUAUAGGCAAUAGAAAAUUAGAGCCUUACACGCGUGCACACUCAUUCCGAGUGCUAUCCCAAGAAAAAAUGGAAUAUCACAGCAUUUAAAAUAAGGUAUACAUGGAUAUUCGGUUACAAUAACAUGUUUAUAUGAAGCAACUUGGCAAUGGCAUGUGAAAAAAGGGGUCAUCCAUCAGCCAAGUUGUUUUGAUGCUCGGUACAUAUGAGUAGAGAACAGCAAGACACUUCUGGGGAAUAGUUAUAGUAAACAUGGAAAAAAAAAUCACCAAAAAAAGAAUAUAAAAAAGAUAAAAGAAAAAAAAAAUAGGACAGAAAAAAAAUAGAAUAAAAAACAGGGCCCAAAUCUACCAAGUUUUUACCAUCUGCAAUUCCCAAUGAAAUUAACAGGAAAACCAGAAUAUGAAUAAUUUGCAUCGGGUAGCAAUGCCUUGAUAUUAUCUUUUAAAGAAAAUAGAUAAAGUAGAUUGUUUUAAAAAAAUAUAGAACAAACCCUAUGGAUAAUAGAUCCUUUCUUGGCAAUUAUUUCUGAAAAAAAAAAAAAAAAAGAAAAGAAAAGGAAUAAGUGUUCUUAUCUGAAAAUAGAAAUAAAAAUGUUCAAAGGGUAUCACCACUGCAAUUGUAUUAAUGCCACUUUGGACAUGUUCUCCAAGUUGUGGUUGCCUUAAUAAACUAAAAACAAUUUUUUUUGUACAUAAUGUAAUUAUAAAGCUCUCAGUCUGCAUGGAUGCAAACUGUGUGUGACAAAUCGUCUCUUUAAAUGGUCAGUUCAAAUUGUACAUUUCUCAUUCGAGUUGUCCGUUAGCCAUUGAUUGAACUUGGGUAAAAUACCCAAGCUCCAUUUCCACAGCCCAAUUAAAAUUUUUAACUAAAACAAAGACUGAAAAGAAGCUGUUCCAUUGCAGUGUCAAUGCUUUAAAAAAA